CGCUGGUUUUGUCAAAGGAAGCUGCAUCGUUCGCGAAACCAUUGAAAUACGCAGAAUGAAGGAUCUUAUGCUGAGCAUCUUUGUCUUCUGUGCAGUUCUUGCAACUGCUUACAGCCUCAAGUGCUAUGUCUGUGAAGGAACCGAAGAUGACUGCAGUAAGAAGAAACUGGAAGCAAACAAGGCCAGCAAAUCGGUAGACUGUCCAUCUGGAAUGAAUGAAUGCAUAAGGGUCUGGGGAAAAACCGACGGCAAGACUACAGUGACUAACUCUUGUUCCAACAGUCUCAGUUGUGCUGCUGCCAAAAAACUAUGUGACGACGACAAAGACGGAAAAUGCGCAGUGGGCUGCUGUGACAGCGAUUACUGUAACGCGGGCUCUUCAGUUUCAUUUAGUGUGAUCCUGAUGACCUUUAGUUCUGCCUUAGGUCUGGCACUACUGAAGUAGGCUGGCGAAGAGGAAGGAACCCUGGCACGUUGAUAUACGUAGUUUUUUUUUUUUAUAUCGUUGUGAGGUUUUCUUUCUUUUUGACUUUGUAUAAAAGCCAUACGGGAUUUAAAACAAAAGGCAGAAAAGGAACUAACACUGAUGUAUUUUCAACGGUCUUAUUGAUAUUAAAAGGUUCAAUAAAAUCUGUUCGAAAGUUG